UGCCAAACGCAACUCCUCAACCUAAAACGCAAGCUUCGAAACAGCGCCAAAGCACACCCCGGAAAAAUCAUGGAGGCAACUGUCUCUUCUCCUUGGGGCAAGCCCGGCGCGUGGGCUCUCGACGCCGAAGAGCACGAAGCUGAACUGGAACAGCAAAGCCACGCCGAUUCUUCCACCGAAAAGCUGGCCGAUUUCCCUUCUUUAGCCGCCGCCGCCACCACUAAGGCCAAGAAAAAGAAGGGCCAAACCGUAUCCCUCGCUGAAUUUACCUACGGCUCGGCUAAACCGAGCGAGCCUACACACUUCACUCAUGAGGAGGUCCUCGCGCUCCCCACCGGCCCUCGCCAACGUGCCCCAGAGGAACUCGAUCGUAACCGGCUCGGCGGCGGGUUUAAAUCGUACGGUUCGAACAGAUACAAUAAUUCCAACGGAGACGAUUCGUCGAGUAAUAGUAGAUGGGGAUCUUCUAGGGUUUCGAACAGAGAUUCCAAUAGAGAAAUUACUCCUUCACGCGCUGAUGAGAUUGAUAAUUGGGCGUCGGUUAAGAAAUCGAAGCCAACCGGUAAUGGGUUUGGCGGUGGAUUUGAGAGGAGAGAGAGAAGCAGCGGUGGAGGAGGGUUUUUCGAUUCGCAAUCCAAAGCUGAUGAAGUAGAUAACUGGGCUGCUAGUAAGAGUAAUAAUAGAAGCCCCAUUGGUGCACCGCCGCCUAGGAGAUUUGGGGUGGGUUUUGAUAGAAGAAGCAGUUUCGAUUCACUUCAACUGAGGGAUUCACCUAGGGAUUUGGAUAACUGGGGAAAGAAAAAGGAGGAGGCUGGCAGUGGUGCUGCUGGUAGUGGUGGUGCGAGGCCAAAGCUUGUUCUUCAGCCACGUACGAUAACUGUGACUGAUGACUCGACGGUGCCCAAGGUCAAAGGCGCAAAUCCAUUCGGUGAGGCGAGGCCGAGAGAGGAGGUGUUAAAGGAAAAGGGGAAAGACUGGAAGGAGAUUGAUGAGAAGCUUGAAGCUAUGAAGAUCAAAGAAACUGUCACUGUAACAGAGAGACCGAGAGAACGAAAGACAAGCUUCGGUAACGGCCAUGCACCGGCUUACAAGAGCUGGAGGAAGAGUGAACCUGUUGAAGCUGCAGCUGAUGCUGAUCAACCCCAAAGUGCUGAGAAUACGGAAAACGGCCAUGUCACAGAAUGCGAAGCUUAAGGUCCA